CUACACAGAAGACUUAACUCUGUCUUCUAGCAUGGGGACGCUCUGGCACUUACAAUGCACUUUGAUUUUAUUCUGUAUUUCAGUGCUGAAUACCACAGGCAUCACGCAAAGAGUAACCGGUGGCUUGAGAACAUGGGAUCCUGAAACAGCUUACCUCACCAGAUGCGACUUUAACAACAACUCAAGACCAUUUUGUGACUGGACUCAACCUUGCAACGUCAACAAUGGAGUGUGGAUUAGAACCAAGUAUGACACUCCAACUCAUGGAACAGGUCCUAAUGGAGACUAUCCUGAUGGAAAAGGCUAUUUCAUCUACCAAGAAGCAAGUAAUCUGAUCCCCUUUGACACAAACAGGCUUGAGAGUCCAGAUAUUGUAGUCUCUGAAAAAAUAUGCAUAGACUUCUGGUACUAUAUGUUUGGGUCAGAAGACAUGAAUGAACUGAGAGUGCUUAUCCAAGACAGCUCAGGGGAGUCUGUGCUGUGGACUCGGAAGGGAAACCAGAGUUCUUCGUGGAACUAUGGUGCCAUCACUCAUACUUUUCCAAUGCAGAGAAAGAUAAAGGUAAUUUUUGAGGCUGUCCGAGGACUGACAGAGUAUGGGGAUACGGCACUGGACAAUGUGAGAGUAAGGGAUGGAUCUUGUGAAUCUGUCCCUAACCCUGUACCACCAACAGAAGAAAUUUGCAGUAUAUACGGGGAUCCUCACUAUUACACAUUCGACAAGCAGCGUCACAACUUCAUGGGCACCUGCACCUACACUCUCUCCAAGCUGUGUGAGAACAACAGCUCACUGCCCUACUUCAAUGUGGAAGCAGCCAACGAGCACAGGGGAAGCAACACUCGCGUGUCCUAUGUCCGAUAUGUGGACAUCGAUGUGUAUGGCCACAGGAUCAAUCUGGGUAAAAAUAGAGUUGUUAAGUUAUUCCACAUCACUGCUAAAUUCACUUUCACACCUGACAUUUGCCAUAAAGCAGGGUCAUAUAAGUCCUACAGUGACACGCUAAGGACUUUCCUGACAGCUGAUGGAGUCAGCCAGGUCCUCCCUCUGACCUUGACACAUGGUGUCAAUAUUUACUUCAGUGGGCAGUAUGUUGUGCUUACUACUGACUUUGGGCUGAAAGUCAAGUUUGAUGGAAAUCACAGAGCAGAAAUCGCUCUUCCCAGUACAUAUAUGUCUAAAGUAUGCGGAAUAUGUGGAAAUUAUAAUGGGCAAAAAGCAGAUGACUUUCUUAACCCAGACGGAGAAAUGGAAGCAAAUUCGGCCAGCCUUGGAAACAGUUGGCAGGUUUACAAUGACUCUAGGUGCUUGCCAGAUGAUGGCCAUACUCCAAAUUGCACUGCUGAUGAAAAACAUAUCAUCCAAAGCAAUGAAUACUGUGGUCUGAUCACAGAUCCCAAUGGUCCGUUCCAGAAUUGCCACUCAGCAGUUGAUCCAGAAAGUUAUUCUGAAGCCUGCCAGUAUGAUCUCUGUGAACUUCAUUUGAACAAUGCAGCUCUCUGUGAAAACCUGCAGGCUUAUGCAGAUGCAUGCCAAGCUGCAGGAGUCCAGCCAACACCAUGGAGAAAUGCAACCUUCUGCCCAUUAGCCUGCCCUGCCAACAGUCACUACGAGUCCUGUGCUGCAGCCUGCCCUGCUAGCUGUGCUGACCCGAUGGCUCCCGUUACCUGCAGCCUGCCGUGCGUGGAGGGCUGCGUGUGCGACAGUGGGUACCUGCUCUACAAUGACCGAUGUGUGCCCAGCCAGCACUGCGGGUGCUGGCACAACGGGCAGCACUACCCCGUGGGCUCAGAGUUCUGGACGGACAACACCUGCUCCUCCAAGUGCACAUGUCCUGCGCGGGGAAGCAAAGUCCAGUGCUCCAGUGCCUCAUGCCCUGCGGGCCAGUACUGCGGGGUGCAGGAUGGGAAGCCCGUGUGCCUUGAACUGUCCUACGGCAUCUGCCACGUCCACAGUGACCCUCACUACAACACCUUUGACAAAGUGACGCACAGCUUCAUGG